GCCGCCUAAUAACACUCGUGGGGGAGGAGGAGCCGACUGACAACCGGCGUGUGAGGUGUGCGGCUUGCUGUGCCAGUCUGAACUAAUCGCUGUGCCGAGCGACCGUUCUCUUUCUCUCUCUCCCUGUUCUAAAACUACCGCGGUCAUGGGGCUGCUGUCUGCCGGCUCUCCGCUUAGCUGGGAAGAGACCAAGAAGUACGCCGACCACGUCCGGCAACACGGCAUCAUCCAGUUCCUGAACAUCUAUCACAAGCUGAAGGACCGGCAGAAGGACGUGCUGAAAUGGGGCGAUGAGGUGGAGUACAUGUUGCUUGCCUUUGAUCACGAAAAUCAAAAGGUUCGUUUAGUACUCGAAGGCGAGGACAUGCUUGAAACUCUUCAAGACAGAGGUGAAAAAACAAACCCAAAUCACCCAACACUCUGGAGACCAGAGUAUGGCAGUUACAUGAUUGAGGGGACACCAGGACAGCCUUAUGGAGGUAUAAUGGCAGAAUUUAACACAGUGGAAGACAAUAUGCGGAAACGUCGGCAGGAAGCCUCAUCACUUUUACCAAACAACCAAUCAAUAUGCACUGUUACCUCUUUUCCAAGAUUGGGAUGUCCUGGAUUUACAUUGCCAGAAUUUCUACCCACCCCAGUGGAGAAGGGAGCAUCCAAGUCGCUUUUUUUUCCAGAUGAAGCAAUCAACAAACAUCCACGAUUUAGUACUUUGACAAGAAAUAUUCGGCACAGACGUGGAGAAAAAGUCGCCAUUAAUGUUCCAAUUUUUAAAGACCAAAAUACCCCCUCUCCAUUUAUUGAGAAAUUCCCAAAUGCUACUGGUGAUGAUGCAAAAGCAGCAAUGCCUGAUCAUAUUUAUAUGGAUGCCAUGGGUUUCGGAAUGGGCAACUGUUGCCUCCAGGUCACUUUUCAGGCAUGUAGCAUUGCAGAAGCACGAUCCCUGUAUGACCAGCUGGCUACUAUAUGUCCACUUGUGAUGGCUCUGAGUGCAGCUGCUCCUUUCUACAGAGGAUAUGUAUCGGACAUUGACUGUCGAUGGGGAGUUAUUUCUGCCUCUGUAGACGAUCGAACUAAAGAGGAAAGAGGCCUGGAGCCUCUGAAGAAUAACAAAUACAGAAUCAGUAAAUCUCGAUACGAUUCUAUAGACAGUUACCUGUCUAGCUGUGGGGAAAAGUACAACGACAUUGAUUUGACUAUAGAUAAAGACAUCUGUAGCCAACUAACAAAAGAGGGAAUUGACCCCCUCAUGGCCCAACACAUUGCACAUCUCUUUAUUAGAGAUCCUUUGACAUUGUUUGAAGAGAAGAUACAUUUGGAUGAUGCAAAUGAAUCUGACCACUUUGAGAAUAUCCAGUCAACUAACUGGCAGACAAUGAGAUUUAAGCCUCCUCCACCUAACUCUGAUAUAGGUUGGCGAGUGGAGUUUCGGCCUAUGGAGGUCCAAUUAACAGACUUUGAAAACUCUGCCUAUGUAGUGUUUGUGGUGUUGCUGACCAGAGUCAUUCUUUCUUACAAGUUGGAUUUUCUUAUUCCAUUGUCAAAGGUUGAUGAAAACAUGAAAGUGGCCCAGAAACGUGAUGCUGUGCGUCAAGGAAUGUUUUACUUUAAAAAGGAUAUUUGCAAAGCUGGCAUUGCUGCAGUUGAUGGCUGUUAUACGACACUUAAUGGAGCAGAAGCUGAACCGGAAGAUUAUACCCUCAUGAGCAUUGAUACUAUAAUCAAUGGAAAGGAAGGGGUUUUUCCAGGUUUGCUUCCCAUCCUUAAUUCUUACCUGGAAAACAUGGAGGUAGAUGUCGACACACGCUGCACCAUACUAAACUACCUUAAACUUAUUAAGAAAAGAGCUUCAGGUGACCUGAUGACAGUUGCUCGAUGGAUGAGAGAAUUUGUAUCAAACCAUCCAGACUAUAAGCAUGACAGCGUGAUAACGGACAAAAUUAAUUAUGACUUGAUGGUUAGAUGUAACAAGAUUGCAAAUGGACAAACAAGUUGUCCAGAAUUGGUUGGUUUUACAACUUCUAAAACAAAGCCCAGUGGAAACGAGACGAUUGUAUGAUUGUGUUAUAUAGUCCACCUCGGUGUAGUGUGUCAUUUGAACUGCAUUUUUUUUUUUUGGUAUGAUGACCAAACUGUAACACUGCACAAAAGUAUGGGCCAAUGAGCUUUUAUCCAGUGGUAACUUCUUAAAUGAAUAUAUAACUAUUAACAUUUAUACAGUGUAUAUGUAAAUAGUCAAAUAUUUUUAUGACUAACAAUGUAUUGAACGAAGUGUAUGCCGUUACUGUGAAAUCAACUUACAUUUUUAUGUAUACAAUGGGGAAGAUCAUUUUGUCCAGCAAAUCCUGCAGUAUGGUAUCCAAUAGAAGUAUUUAAUCGAGCAUUUUAAUCCCCCCCCCCUUUUUUGUUUUUUUUGUUUUUAGAUGUUUUUUAUAUUGAAUUGAUAACUAUUACCUUGACAAACUAUACUUGAUCUCUUACAAGAGCAUGCACAAGAAAAUUGCACAGACCCGUCUCUUUGCUUAGCCAUAUGCCCAAAAUGUUUAAAUAAAUAAAUCAGUCAGCUGAAAGAUGUCUGUGCUGAGUCAGCACAUUUUGUCUGGUGCUGGACUGGCAGUGCCCAGCGGGGAGAUGAGAUCUGCAUUCCAUGCACUGUAAAACAUUUUAUUCCCACAGCAAGGAUUCCCUGAUCACAUGCACUGUUUGCUUUAGGACAAAGCUGCUUAGAUAAUUUCUUCUUCAAUCCAAAUGCCUUUCAAAUUCCAGUCCAUUAAACAUAACUGUAAACUGUGACUUGUACUACUAAAUCUUGCAGUAGAGUCUACUGAUCUCACAAAUCUUGCAUGUCCAACGGGAAAUAUCAGUGGCCUUAUCUGGACAAAGUUAUUUCUCUUCAUAAUGGAUGAGCCUGAUUUGUGUGAUGUCUGUAACCUGUAAAUAUUGCUUGUAAUUCUGUAUUCACUAGUUAUAGAAGAUACCCAAAUGUACAGAAUGGGUAUAUUUGAAUGCAAGUGGAAGGUCAAGCAGAUUUUAUAAACCUUGAAAAAAAUAAAUUGACAUUUCAGUUUUUCUGUAGUUCUGUUUUAAUCUUGAGUUAAAAUGCAUAGCUGGUACCUACUGACUUGGGAAAAAUAAAUAUACAGAAUUCAAUGUG